CAAACUCAAACCCCAUCAAAGAAGUCAAUAAAUUCUCCCACCAUGCUUCUUCCCCUUAUUAUUCUACUCGCCUCCUGCAUCCUAAUCCCUUUAACAAUCCGCUGCCUCUCCGGCAACCUCAGAGCCGAAAAGACACCGGCAAACGCACCCGACAGCGGCCGGCUGUUGCCGCCCGGGCCACGUGGGCUUCCCAUACUGGGCUACCUCCCCUUCAUCGGGCCCAAUCUCCACCAAGACUUCAUGAACCUGGCCCUACACUACGGCCCAAUCUUCAAGCUCUCCCUCGGCCGGAAGCUCUGCGUCAUCGUCAGCUCCCCUGCCCUCGCCAAACAAAUCGUCCGCGACCAUGACGUCACGUUCGCCAACCGGAACCCCAACGUCGCCGCCGGGGUGUUCUCCUACGGCGGCAGGGACAUCGCCUUCUCGCCGUACGGCGCCGAGUGGCGGCUGCUGCGGAAGAUAUUCGUCCACAAAAUGCAGAGCAAGCAGAGCAUGGAUUCUUUCUACCCGCUCCGGAGGAAGGAGGUGAGGAAAAUGGUGGCGGAAUUGUACAACGGCGGCGGCGGCGGAGGCGGUGAGGUGGACGUGGGAAGGGUGGCGUUUACGACGGUGAUCGGGAUGAUAUCGGGGAUGUUCUGGGGUGGGACCCUUGGGAACGGAGAUGGUGAUGAUGACGUGGCGAAGGUGGUCGGCGGCGAGUUUCGGUCGACGGCUUCGAAGCUUGUGGAGGUGCUGGGCAGGCCUAAUGUGUCGGAUUUCUUCCCGAUUCUCGCCAGGUUUGAUUUACAAGGAGUGAAGAAGGAAAUGAAGAGAGUGUCGGGUGGGAUGGAGAAGAUAUUCGAUUUCGUGAUUGAUCGGUGCAUUGAUGAUAUGAUGAACAAGCCAAGAUCAGACGAUGAUCAUAAUGGUCAGCAAGAUUUCCUGCACUCCCUGUUGGAGUUCAAGGACCAAGAUACUGGAAAUUCCAUCACAAGACAGCAGAUUAAGGCAAUGCUCAUGGACAUCGUCAUCGGAGGAACCGACACAAGCUCGACCACGAUCGAGUGGGCAAUGUCCGAACUGAUACAACAUCCCGAAGUCAAGAAAAUCGCCCAACAAGAGUUGACACGAGUGAUUGGUCCCGACAGCGUUAUGGAAGAAUCUCACAUCCCCAAUUUGCCAUUUCUCCAUGCCAUCGUGAAGGAGACACUGCGAUUGCACCCGGUGGCGCCUCUGCUCCUCCCUCGUUGCCCAACCAAAGGCUGCCACGUCGGCGGCCACUUCAUUCCCGAGGGGACCAAGGUUUUCCUCAACGUGUGGGCGAUGCACAGGGACCCUGAAUUCUGGGAGGAUCCGACGUCGUUCCACCCGGAGAGGUUUCUGAAUGAGAAUGAUGAACAGUCCACGAGGAGCUUAGAUUACUUGGGUGGGAGCUUCCAUUAUCUUCCGUUUGGGUCGGGGAGAAGAAUCUGUGCCGGUUUGCCGCUCGGCGAGCGGAUGGUUAUGUAUGUUUUGGCGACGCUUUUGCAUAUGUUUGAUUGGGAACUUCCUGAAGGUGUUGUGGCAGACACGAAGGAGAAGUUUGGGGUUGUGUUGGAGAAGGUGAAUCCUUUGGUUUUGGUAUCGAGUCCUAGAUUGCCCAAUUUGAGUCUUUACAAGUAGAAAACGGCUGGUUAAUAGUACCGCAUGGAGUCAUAAUAUUAUUACUUCAUACUAAUUGUAUUCAAGCCAUAAAUCUGAACAAUUAAGUCUAAUGGGGCUUGAUGAGUUGUGAUAAUCGAGAGAGAGGGGAUGGGGAGCCUUACCAAUUAGCUAGCUAGUCUAUACCUCAAAUUUGUAACAAGUUAUACCUGUAUUAUAAUGUAUACACAAAACUAAGUUUUUUUACGAUAUAAGUUUAACGAUAGCGACUUAUAGGGUGAAUUUUUAUAGCGUUGGUGUGAUGAUAUCGAGAAUCAAAAUCCAAUCUUGGUGGAUCCUUCCUCAAGUCGUUUCUCUUGCCACCCAGUAUGCUUGAGUAUUAGCGAGGGAUGAAGGAUACCUCGAUGUAGUCGGAUUGAGAAAGGAUAUACAUUCAUGGAGGGGACCUAUGCACUACAUUCUCAAGGCCAAUUGGAUGAAUGAUCCUUUACAACCUUAACCAGGUUCAUGUAGUAAGCGAGGACCAACAUAUGUAGCCCUGAAGUUUUAACAAGAUUUAAUGCCGCCAGAAGAGCUUUAGCCUUUGCCACG